UUAGCCGAACCACAGCGGCGUGGUUGAACCUGUCCCAAAUACCGCGCACCUGGCAGAAAACAUCCGACCUAAACUGCUCUAGUGACCUUGUUCUGUGCUUGUGUAUUGAUGCUUAUUUUAAUGGUGGUAAAUCAGUAAACACGAUUUGACAUUUAAAAAAAAAAAAAUAUGCGAUAUUUCUGUCAAAGUUAGCACGUCUAAAUAUUUGCUAAGUUUUGUUUCGUGAGUGCUGAACUAGCCACGACCCAGAUGAACACUGUGAAGGGGUAAAGUUAGAUGUCAACACUAAUUUGACUUCUCAUUCUACCAUUUUAGCAUUUGUUUGACUGAAAGUCUGACUUUUACACCGCAAGCUGGAUGUAAAAAAUGAAUCCUCUGGAUCUGAACAGCACAUGCACCGUCUCUCUGCAUGACCGCUUCACCAGUUUACUGAAGCAUCAGCCAGUGGAUGUGAUGGCCUUCACAGCCGCAGUGAAGCAGCAGACUGCAGCCUCGCUGAAGAACCAGCAUCUGGCUCUGGAGAUGGCCAACAGACCUUCUGUGCUGGCCGCCCUAAAUAACACAUCUAAUAUAAAUAAACAACUGUGCAAAGUGAGCAUGAAGGCGAGACUCGGCCAUCCCAUGGUGAGAGGGGGCAUGAUGGGAUUGCAGGGGCAAAUGAGAGGAGGAGGCGGCGGUGGCGCCAAAAGAGGAUUGGUCAAAGGAUUUUACACAAGGAAAAGCAUAAGUAGUCUGCGAGGGGAAGUGUCCUCUCUAGGUGUUCAGAAGGGGUGGGGCCAGCAACAACGUGGUGAAAAUGUGAUUAGGACUCGACCAAUGGGAAGCAGAGGGGGAGCCAUUAAAAAAACAGAAGGAAAUGCAGAGCGGCAGGAGCCACAUCCAGCAACAGCACAAGGUGGUGGUGGUUUGAUAUCUGUCAGUAGGGCCUAUUCAGGGUUCAGCAGACCCAGAUUCGACAGCCACCAGAUUCCUUCUCGAGAGCAGUUGGAUGAACAACUGGAUGACUACAUGUCCAUGUCCAAGAGCCAUCUGGACGCAGAGCUGGAUGCAUAUAUGGCUCAGGUUGAUUUGGAUGACAUAGUGUGUUAAGUCCAAAGUUGAGCUCAACAGCAUAUUCCUUAGUUUAACCCUAACUAAUGGAGCAUGUAGUCUAACUUGCAGAUAGAAUGCUCUGUUACAGGGCUGUUUGUCUUAAUUGAUUUCAGAAGACCUGAGCUAAUUGUCUAUAGUUGCUGCGUCCCUCAGAGCUCAGGUGCUUAGGAAUCUUUGACUUCCAGUUUGUUUGUUACUCUUAUUAAACAGUUAUUUUUCCACACAGUCUUAACUGAACAAGAAAUAAUUGAAAGCUUUCCGAAGGCUUGUGCUGCUUUCUAGGAAACUCCUUUCAGUAAUCCAGCACAAUGUUGUUUCUGAGAAAAACCGUUUCACUUUAAUUCAUAAGCAGUUCCAUUGAUUGCUUGCAUUGAAUGGACAUGAAUCAUCCCUCAGUUAAAAGUUUUUUUUUCUUUAAAGUUAAUAUUUUUUAUAAGCUGUUUGCAGUUACAUAACAAAUGCGUUUAAUAGCAGUCACAGCAUCUGUUUCCUCAUGUUUUGGUUGUGUAUCGUAUCAAGAAUCAUAUGAAACCAACAGUAAGACUUAUUUGGGAUAUAACUUGUCUGUAGGAGCUACUUCAUGUGUCAGCCUUCCUUUCUUUUUCACAACAGGUUUUUGCAUCAUUCCGAUUCAUGAAAGAUUGAUUGUACAUAUUUCUAUAUUUCUGGAUUAUGUGUUAUGCAGUGAGUAAAAAAAAAAGGAAAGUUCAUGUGAAACUGUUUAAACACUUGUAGUGUGGUGAUAGUUGGUUUUUCUAUUCUUUAAUAAAAGAUGUUUGCAAAUUGC